UUUCCCCCGACGAUAUCAGUACGAUUCGUCUCCGUCCAAUCCGCUGUAUCCCCCGCUGAUGGAGCAAAGUUCAGACUGUACCAAGAGCCGAUGCGUGACUAAAUAAUGAUUUAACGAAGUGUCUUCAGUCUUCGCGGCAUUCUGCGUCGAGCCUGAGGACGGUAUAGUGAUAAAAAAAAUAACGAAGAAGGUAAAGAAGGAAGAAGAGAAAGAAGAAAACAAGGUUGAGAGAAAGGGGGUAGUUAGGGGCAGAAUGGGAGGAACCUGAGGAAGGAAGAAAGCGCGGUAGCAAAAAAGGAACUAAGGAGGAAAGGAAAGAAGGAAGAGGGAAAAUAAAAAUGUGGAUUAAUCGAGCAAAAAUAUUUUUCAAAACACAGUCGAAUUCGAGUUAGUGGAAGAUUUUAUUAGCGGUCCAUGCAUUCGAUAGCUACCGAUAGCGAGAUAAAAAGAAGAGAAAGGAGAUCGAUGUGCGACUUAAUGGAAAAUCAGUGGGUAUUCCUCGAUCGAUGAGAUUCUUCGAAACAAUGUUAAAGGGCUAAACGAAUGAAAGAAAAAUAUCUGUAGGAAAACACGUGUGAGUGGGAUAUUCAUACCCGAUGCAAAAUAUCGACACGAUGCGUCUAAUUCAACAGCUGGUAUUACUUUCUAUUCUUUUGUUGGAUAAUCAGGUGGAAGUCACCUGGCCCAAGGCCGCAAAUCCCUUGCCUUACCUUCGGUGGACAUCUAAUUUACGAUCAAUCAGUUCGACCUCACCGAGUUCUUCUUCCUCUUCCUUGCUUUCUUUAUCGACCUCUUUCGAGGAAGAGAAUUGCGCUGAAUGUACACAAAAUAAAGUUGGCAUACUAACCGUUACCGAUCCGAUUUUAACAGAAUUAAGAGUCGAGUAUGUCAAACAACAAAUACUCAAGAAGUUGCGACUUUCCAAGCCACCCGAGAUAUCGAUGCCGCUGUCGACCUUGCCGAAGCCUCUGAUAAAUGGUCGUGUACUCGAACUUCAACCCGGAGCACCACUCGAACCGGAAAAAUCAGCUGACAGUUUUUAUGGAAAAACAGACCAAAUUGUUGUUUUUCCGAACGAAGGUAUUGCCGAUUCGAAAAAGUGCCAACAGAAAUCGAACCAUCUGACGGGCUUUAAUCCGGCGGCCUGCUUCACGUUUUAUCUACCGAACGAAAUGCAAUUCGUGGAUGUGACCUCGGCGCAGCUUUGGUUUUACAAGGAGUACGACGAAACUGACUAUUUAAAUCAAACUUUCGUGCUCUCUGAGCUCGAUCAUUGGGAUAUGAGCGGGAACUUCGAGAAAAACACGAUUAUGGCUAUCUUUGAAACCGAUAUCGGAGAGGGAUGGGUGAAGAGCGACGUAACUUUCACGCUGAAGAAAUGGGUGGAAGAACUUCGAUUGAAUCACGCGAUACAGAUAGCUUGUAGCACCUGUUCGAUAGAUCGAGACACAGCGCCUGUAUCCGUUGAACAAACAUUAAAACCGUUCCUUGUGAUACACACGUCGCCGUUACCGCAGAAAAACAGGCCGAAGAGGAACUCAAAUUGUCUGCCGGAAAUGAAGGAGUGCUGCAGGGACGAGCUCUAUAUUAAUUUCAAAGACAUCGGUUGGAGCGAUUGGAUUCUUCAUCCGAGCGGAUAUCACGCGUAUUUCUGUCGUGGAUCGUGUUCUUCCGCAGCUUCGUUGACCAUCAGUGGAUCUCCCUACAAUAACGUGAUCAGAAGGUUAUUGGCCAAGAAUGGUAGCUCAACGCGUCGUAAAAACGAGAUCAUUCCAUGUUGUUCACCUACACAAUUGUCGCCGAUUCAACUGCUCUAUGUUGAUUCGAACAAUACGAUCACGCAAAAAACACUGCCAAAUAUGGUAGUGGAAGCCUGCGGUUGCAUGUGAUUUACAAAAUUCGCUGAAACUCUCCGACAAAUCCCUCGAAAAUAACCUACGUCGGCUCGAUCGAUUCGAAUUCGAGGUCCUAUCGCAUCUGAUUCAAUCGUUUUCAAAGCGACGAGAGUUUGAUCCCCUUCGUUACCUGAAACAAGUUCCUUUUGAAUAAAUUUGCACAUGCAACCUCGUCGUAUCCUGAAUUUCAAAGGACUCUCGAAUGUUCACCGUUUCGUCGAGAAUUUAUCGAAACAUUAUCGCGGAGAAACGCGAUGCUUCUGUCGAAUCGAAUGGACUUCACGCGUAGUUUUAUGGUUCGCAGUGAAGAGACUAGGAAAACGUUUAAAGUUUAAACGUUGUGAACUACAAAUGCUCUCAGAAAGCGCGUGGAAGGCACGAAUACAGAAUCGAGAAAGAAUGUACACGCACGAAUCGCCUUUGAUUUUAGUUUCCACGUGGAAUACAGUUGUUUAUACCUUCGCAUACAAAGGCUCAAGAAAGUAUUUACACAGUUACAGUAACUUCAUAUUACACAGAACAUUUUGAAAUAUUAUUAACACGACUGUCACAAUUGGUAAAAUUUGAAACGAAUUUGAAAAUUGAUAUAUAUAUAGAUUUAUAUAUACAGAAGUUAAAAUAUUUGAACAGUCAAUUAUUCGUCGUAUUAAUGAGCCACGAUAUUUAAUGAUAUUUAAUGAGAUCAUCUUUAGCACUAAUUAUACGUUUAACACCACUAUUCAUGCUAUAUACAUACUAAUUUUUUAACAUGUAGAUCGAUAUAUGUACACUAGCGUUCGGAUAUAUGGCCACGAAUUUGUCCGCUCGUGUGGCCACAAGUUAUCCCCACCAAUUCCUGGAACUGCUGGCGCGAGGCAGGCCUCUGCGUUAUCUAUGAUCCGCAUCGAUGUAAUUCAAAUCGGAAUAAGAAAAAUAUAAUGUUUUUUUAUUUUUUUAUUGUAUCGUUACGAGAUAGCCUCAGUCGGAUUAUUGAGAUUUGUACAAACAUGACUAUAUCUGAUCAACAAUUGUUAACUAAACUAAUGAAAUAUGUAAUAUACAACUAGGAGUAAAAAAAUGA